AUGCCACCAAAAAAGGGAAAGAAGGGAAAGAAGGGUGGCGACGAUGAGGACUUCUGGGCCGACAAGGACCAGGCAUUCGACUCCAACGUUGCCACUCCCAACAAUGAGCCAUCGUUCGGUGGCAGCGGUGGUGGCGCGUUCGACGCUCUCGACGACGACGAGGAGGGCGGUGGUGGCCUGAUGGCGGCCAUCGCUGCGGCCAAGAACAUGAAGAAGGACAAGAAGAAGAAGAAGUCCCAGUUCGCGUUCGAGGACGAGGAGGCCGCCGAGUCAAAGGAGGCCGAGCGAGCCGACAUGGACGACGAGUGGCCCGAGGACGACGUCAAGCCCAAGAAGGGAAAGAAGGGGAAGAAGGCCAAGAAGAACACCUUCGACUUUGACGACGACGACGCGGAGGCUGCUGGCGAGCCGGAGGCGCCCGCCGCGGACAACUUUGCCGACAAGGCGGCGGAGAAGGCCAACCUUGACGAUGAGUGGCCGGAAGAGGACGUCAAGCCCAAGAAAGGCAAGAAGGGCAAGAAGGGCAAAAAGCAACAGGUCGAGGAUGACGACGACGACGACUUCCUCGAGAAGGCCGCUGCGGAGGCCGCUACCGCCAAAGCAGCCGCUGAGGCGGAGGCUGCUGCAAAGGCUGCUGAGGCCGCUAAGGCUGCCGCUGCCGAGGAGCCCGAGGACGAUGACGAGGAGGAGGAGGGCGGCGCCAACAGAAUCCUCACCAAGAAGGAGAAGGAGAAGCUGAAGAAGGAGAAGGAGAAGGCGAAGAAGAAGGCGCAGGCCGCCAAGAAGAAGGCUGCCGCUGAAGAGCCUGCCGAGUCUGCCGCUCCCGAGGCAGUGGCCGAGGCAGUGGCGGAGGCUGAGGAGGAGCCCGUCGCGGCCUCUUCGAAGAACAAGAAGAAGAAGAAGGGCGCUAAGGCUGAGCCUGCCGCUGCUGCCGCCGCCGCGCCUGCGGCCGGCAAGAAGGUGCCUGCGCAUAUUCUUGCCAUGCAGGCUGCGAUGGCCGAGAAGAAGCGUGUGGAGGAGGAGGUGGCUGCCAAGGUCGAGGCUGAGCGCCGGCGUAUUGAGGAGGAGGAGCGCCGCAUCGAGGAGGAAGAGGCGCGCAUCGCCGCGGCCAAGGAGGCCAAGAGGGAGAAGGAGCGUCUCAAGCGCGCCCAGGCCAAGGCUGAGGGCCGUGUGCUCACGCCGGCACAGAAGCGUGAGCGCGCUGCCGCCGAGGCCCGCAAGCAGGCGCUGCUUGCGUCUGGCGUCGUCAUUGCUGGUCUGCAGAAGGACGGCGAGAGCAAGCCCAAGGCGCGUCCUGUCUACGGCAAGAAGAACACCAAGAAGCAGCAGCAGCAGCAGACCCCAACCGCUUCCGGCGCUGCUACUCCAACCGCUCCCGCGUCGCCCAAGAAGACCGAGACGGAGCUCAAGAAGGAGGCGCCCAAGCCUGCAGCCAAGGACGAGUCGGAGGACGACUGGGACAAGUCGGACGGCGAGGUCGAGGCUGCCACUGCCGCUGUCAAGGACCUCAAGGUCAAGGACGAAUCGGAGGACGACUGGGACAAGUCGGAGGACGAGGAGGAGGAGAAGCCCAAGCCGGCUGCCGCCAAGGCUGCGCCUGCCAAGGCUGCUCCUACCAAGGCCGCUCCUACCAAGGCCGCUCCCCAGGCCACCGCGAAGCCUGCCACCAACGGCAAGGCGUCGGCCAAGGCGCCAGUCGAGGAGUCAGAGUCGGAGGAGGAGACUGAGUCUGAAGACGAGUCUGACGACUCCGACGACGAAUCUGACGAGGAGACCGACUCGGACUCUGACGACGAGAUCGAGCAGGCCAAGGAUCGUGCGCGCAUCGCCAUCUCCGCCCGACGCAAGGCUGCCGAGGCCCAGCAGAGCAAGACGGACCUCCGCUCGCCCAUCUGCUGUAUCCUGGGUCACGUCGACACGGGUAAGACCAAGCUGCUGGACAAGAUUCGUCAAACCUCGGUCCAGGAGGGUGAGGCUGGUGGUAUCACUCAGCAGAUCGGUGCCACCUUCUUCCCCAAGGAGGCGCUCGUCGAGAAGACGAUGGCGGUUAACAAGAACGGCGAAGUCGACGUGCAGAUCCCCGGUCUGCUCAUCAUUGACACGCCUGGACACGAGUCGUUCACCAACCUCCGUUCGCGUGGUUCGUCGCUGUGCAACAUUGCCAUCCUCGUCAUCGACAUUACCCACGGUCUCGAGCCCCAGACCAUCGAGUCGCUCAACCUCCUCAAACUGCGCAAGACGCCGUUCAUCGUCGCUCUCAACAAGAUCGACAAGCUCGAUGCGACCGAGUGGAAGGUUCACCCCGACUCUGGCUUCCGCGACACGCUCAACGCACAGAGUCCACGUAUGCAGCGCAUGUUCGAGGACCGCCUCCAGCACGUCAAGAUGCUGCUCAUGGAGCAGGGUCUCAACUCGGAGGUCUACGACAAGAACACACAGCCCGGCCGUGUCGUCUCGGUUGUCCCCACCUCGGCUGUCACUGGCGAAGGUGUGCCCGACCUGCUCGCGCUCCUCGUCAAGCUCACCCAGGACCGCAUGACGGGUUCGCUCAUGUACCUCUCCGAGGCUGAGGCCACCAUUCUCGAGGUCAAGGUCAUCGAGGGUCUCGGCACCACCAUCGACAUUGUGCUUGUCAACGGUGUGCUCCGCGAGGGUGACAAGAUCGUGCUGUGUGGCAUGAACGGGCCGAUUGUGACAACCGUGCGAGCACUCUUGACACCACAGCCAAUGCGUGAGCUGCGUAUCAAGUCGGCCUACAUCCAUCACAAGGAGGUCAAGGCUGCGCUCGGUGUUAAGAUCUCAGCGCCUGGUCUCGAGAAGGCCAUUGCUGGUGCACGCAUGUACGUCGCCAAGAACGCCGACGAGGAGGAGUACUACAAGGACCUGGCGAUGGACGACCUCACCUCGCUCGACCGGUACGUACAGAAGACUGGCCGCGGUGUCUUUGUGCAGGCGUCGACGCUGGGUUCGCUCGAGGCCCUGCUCGUGUUCCUCAAGGACAUGAACAUUCCCGUGUUUGAGUUCGGCCUUGGCCCUGUGUACAAGAGCGCCGUCAUCCGUUCCGGACUCAUGUUGGACCGUGCUCCCGAAUAUGCCGUCAUGCUCUGUUUCGAUGUGCCGGUCACCUUUGAAGCCGAGGAGCAGGCCAAGAAGGAGGGUGUCAAGAUCUUCUCGGCAAUGAUCAUCUACCACCUCUUUGACGCGUUCAAGAAGCACAUGGAGGAGGUGCGUGAGGCGCGCAUGAAGGAGGCGGCACCGAUGGCCGUGUGGCCCGUCAAGCUUAAGAUUCUCAAGGCCUUUGCGUCCAAGGACCCUAUUAUCGUGGGCUGCGACAUUGUCGACGGCGCAACGGCGCGUGUCGGUACUCCAGUGGGCGUCGUGCGGUAUGACAAGGAGACGGGCAAGCGUGAGAUCAUCCCGCUCGGCAAGAUCACCUCGCUUGAGAUCAACCACAAGCCGAUGCAGGUCGUCAAGAGAUCGCAGGUCGGUGCGGGUGUCGCAGUCAAGAUUGAGCGUGCGGCCCACCAGGCGGCGCGCUCCUACGGGCGACACUUUGACGACAAGGACGAGAUUGUGUCGCUCAUCUCGCGCCAGUCGCUUGACACUCUGAAAAACACGUUCCGCGACCAGGUCGAGAUGUCGGAUUGGGCCUUGUUGAAGAAGAUGAAGAUCGAGCAGGGCGUUGCAUAA